CUGCUUAUAGUUUUCGUCGUUUGGAAUUUUCGUUUUCAGGUUAUUAUCGAGGAAAAACCUGUUAAUGCCGUUUCUGUGGCGGAGGAGGACGAAGAGGAGGAUAAGGCCAGCCGGUGUGCUUUCCUCUUCUCCAACAACGUCUCCGUCAAUGACCACCAUGAGUUUAAGCGUUUGACACCGCUGCGCACUACGGAUUACUUCCUCUCCCUAAAUAAUCACUCUGGCCAGCUCUGCCAGGCCUUCAAACGAGAUCUCUUCCCAACCAAAGUCCCUCUAACAACCGAGGAGCUAGCAUUUCCCCUUGCUUUUGCCAUCAGUGUGUUCCAGAGUAUAAAUCAGGUGGCGCGCCUGCUGCGUCUCAUACAUCGGCCACACAACUUCUACGUAAUUCACGUGGACCAGAAAUCACCCCUGGAGUUCUAUGAGGCGGUGCAAGAAAUUGCAAAGUGCUUUGAUGCAAAUGUUGCCGUGGUGCCUCGAAAUGAGAGCAUCAAAGUGGUCUGGGGUGAUUACACGGUGCUGGAGCAGGAGCUUGUUUCGGUGCGAAUGCUCCUGCAAGCGGGAAAGUGGAGGUAUUUGAUAAACCUGACUGGGCAGGAGAUGCCCCUCAAGACCAACCUGGAAUUAGUGCAAGCUCUUCGGAUGUUGAAUGGAUCUAACAUUGUGGAGGCGACAUUUAAAGAACGCUUCAAAUUUAGGAUACCCAGACGCAGAGCAUCAUUCCAGGUUACAUGGCUUAAAGGCGCCGUCCACACUGCGCUCUUGAGGGAGUUUGUUGAAUUCAUGCUUUAUGACAAGAAGGCAAUCGAAGUCCGUGAUCUGCUGUUCAUGUACGCAUAUCAUAGACACCCCGAUGAACAGUUCUAUCCUACACUUGCCUACAAUCCCCAACUUGGUGCCCCUAGGGCCUGUCUAGGGCUCCAGAAAGACGGCAAGGUCGACCAGGAAUUUAAC